AUGCGCGGCCGACGGCUACGCGUCAUCUACUGCGUCGUCGCGCUGCUGUUUUGCGUCGCGUAUCUACUGCAGUAUUUGUCCAUCGUCGGUGUCGCGCCCCGUGGCGACAGGACGCACCUAACCGGUUACCGGGACGGAAGAGCUACCCACGCAAAGCCCAGUAACCGGACCGUCGAUGCGUCGCCGCCAAGAACGCGGCAGGCGGCCGUACCUAGAUUCACUGUCGUCAUGAUGACGUAUCGACGCAAUGACCUGCUGCGCAUGGUACUGACUAACUACUCCAAGAUGGCGUUCAUAUACAGAAUUAUUCUGCUCUGGCAUAAUCUGGGCGAAGAGGUGCCAGAUUUUCCAUAUGAUAUCGCCAAAGGCGCCGGCAAAGAACUGAUCGUGAUUCGACCCGAACGAAAUCUGCUGAGCAUACAGCCAAUUCGCUCCUUUCAAGCGCGAAACGCGAAUUCUUUUUUGCAUUGUCUAUGUUGCAUCUACGGCCCGGUUGUAUCGAACGAGCGUAACCAUUCCUAUCUAAAGUUCCUGCUUCACUAUCCUGUGCUCAUGGACGCGCCUCAUCUGGACGCCUUGUCAAGCAUCCGCGCAACGCAUCUUUGUCACGAUAGGGCAAAAAUGCGCACGCUAGUAGAGAUACACUUUCACCACCUCACUAAGGGCUAUCAAGUGGGUGGCACAUCAGCAUGA